AAGAAACCAGGAAGUGUUUUGGUUACACAAGGCGGAAGCGUAUUUUUUACCGAACCUGAAAGUGUUUUAGUUCUUAGCAGAAAACAUUGUUAACGUGGAGCAACACGGUUAUUACUCACUAUCCACAGGGCGAAGUGGAUAUUGUUUUUCAUUGUUGGUAGACGGGCUCGCUCCACUCCUUCCCAUCCGAUUCGGUUCUUCCCCGCUGGGAGUUUGGCUUCUGUCCUCGCUCACCAUCAGUGCCUGUGUUCCCUGACUCCAGAUUCGUCUUUACCCUUGUUGACCUGUAGUUUCAGCCCAUCUCGUCCAUAACAACCUCUGUCUCUGUCAAUGGCUGGGCGCGGUGGCGGAUCAACCAGGCCAAAUGGAGCCACGGCAGCAAACAAAAUCUGCCAAUUCAAACUGGUGCUGCUGGGGGAGUCGGCAGUGGGCAAGUCCAGCUUAGUGCUGCGCUUUGUCAAAGGCCAGUUUCAUGAAUUCCAGGAGAGUACCAUUGGAGCGGCCUUCCUCACUCAGACCGUCUGUCUGGACGACACCACUGUGAAGUUUGAGAUCUGGGACACGGCCGGUCAAGAGCGCUACCACAGCCUGGCUCCAAUGUACUACCGAGGUGCUCAGGCGGCCAUCGUGGUCUAUGACAUCACCAACACAGAUACUUUUGCACGAGCAAAGAACUGGGUGAAGGAGCUGCAAAGACAAGCUAGUCCCAACAUCGUGAUUGCUCUGGCUGGAAACAAGGCAGACAUCGCAAACAAGAGAGCUAUAGACCUUCAGGAGGCACAAACAUACGCUGAUGACAACAGUCUACUCUUCAUGGAGACAUCAGCCAAGACUGCGAUGAACGUCAAUGAAAUUUUCAUGGCUAUUGCAAAGAAGCUACCGAAGAGCGAUCCUCAGGGUGGAGCUGGACAAGCGGGGCGGACCAGGACAGGAGUGGAUCUACAAGAAACUGCUCCUCCGAGCCGCAGCAGCCAGUGCUGCGGCGGCGGUGGCGGCGGCGGCAAUUAG